CCCUUUUUAUCUUAUUUUUAGUAUCUGAUCUCACCUUUAUAUUGUAUAUGAUCAUAAAAUAAUGGCGACAUUUAGUUGCGGUUACAGUGACAAUAUAAAUCAAGAAGUACAUAAACAAGGGUAUGCUGUGUUUAUUGUAAACAUUAACAAGAAUGGAGAUGGCGGGGGUUUUGAAUUUGAGGAACGUAAAGGAGCUCGUGAAGAUUUAUCUAAUUUACAGACUGUCUUUGAAAGUAUUGGAUUUGAAUGGAUAAAUAACAAAUGUUACUGGCAUACUAGUUUACCAGUCGGAAGGUGGGAUCAUCGUAAAGGUUACCGGACUGAGCGAGUUACAGGUAACCACACUGAGCCAGUACCGGAUCGGAAGGAAUGUUGUAUACGCUGCUGGAUACAAGCAUUAGACCACUCCAGAUCGAAGUGUUUCCUGUUGGUGAUAAGUUCACACGGACAAGAGUUAACAGGAAAAGAGACAGAAAUUAUUUUCUCAGAUGGCCACAGUGUACCUCUGACUGAAAUCUUAGACGCAUUAAGUGAUAAGAAUUGUCCAUCUCUGAGAGGAAAACCACGAAUCAUCAUUCUACAGGCUUGCCGAUCAAACUUUGAAGAUAAAGAGAAAGUGACAAAAAUGCAAGACACUGGAGUUUAUGUUAAUGUGGUUCUAGACCAACACCAGGCUGUUAAAGCAUCUGGUGCCACAGCUUCUAGCAAUGUAAGUGACCAGCAAAGUGACCUUGUUGUUGACUACACUUUCCAGCACACAGCUCUACGCAAUAUGCCGGACAAUUUCAUGCUAGUUUACCCAGUUGUUUCAGGACAACGCUCGCAGCGGAGUGAAAAUUAUGGCUCCUGGCUUAUUUAUGGAUUAAAAGAAAUGUAUAACAAAUAUUAUGUGGGAAAGCCGGUAAACUUUUUUCACCUCCUAACACUAGUCUCUGGAUAUAUUGCACGGGAAAGGGAGACAAUUGUGUACAAACAUAAAGAAGGGACAAAUGAAAUUAUGCUUGAUGAACAUGGAAAACAAAUCCGUGAUGAGGAACAAUCGGGCAGGAAAAAUGCUGUGAAUUCUUUCCAUAGGCUUUGUGAACCAUUAAUUUUUUAUCCGAAGACAAAAGAACUUCCUAAAAUGGAUGAACCUACCCAUUUACUUGGAAAUAUUGAUGAACCAAAUUUCUUUGGAAAAAAAUCUAAGAAAGGCAAAAAGACCUUAGGUCAAUUACUGUCUGAAGAUAAAUGAAAUCAUUCAUAAAUAUUCAAUGAAACAUGUUGUCAUGAUGUUUUAUUUAUUUGUAACAUAUUUAAAUUAAUUUUUUGAUAAAAAAAUAGCUAAGAUUGAAGGAAUGGCACGAAUCAACUGCCAUUUAAUACAAAUUUUAAAAUUGUAAAUUUUCAGAAUAACUUAAUCAUAUGAUAGAAAAUAUUGUUUACUUCAACUAUUAGUAAGACUUCAAUUGUUACAUAAUAAUAAUUAUGAAUAAAAUGUUUAAAAUAA